GGAAUGUCUUUCUGUAAUAUCUUCAUCGUACGAUUCAUUUUCAACUUCAACUUUAGCUCAUAUCGGAACCCUUUUCACUUAAAAUCUCUCUCCGAAAAAUGCGUGUUACGAACAGAUUGCUUCAGGCUUGUAGGAUCACGUUAUUCACACGUGAAAACUGCGGGCUUUGCACUCAAGCAAGAUCAGUUCUCUCCGAUGUUUGGGAUUCCCGACCAUUUCAAUUCAAGGAGAUCGAUAUUAUAAAAUCCGAUUUCAAGCCCCCAUGGCGGGAUUUAUAUGAGUUUGAUGUCCCCGUAAUUCAUAUUAGCAAGUCUUCAGCCCCGGAAGAGCAUCCGCAAUCAGCUUCGAAAGCAGUCAAACUCAUGCACCGGUUCACUGCUGACCAAGUGAAAGCCAAGAUGGAUCUCGUCGAGAAAGCAUGAAGUGGUAUUACUGACGUAGGAGCUUUCUUAUGAGAACUUAUCGGUCUGAGGUAUAUCGGUUC